GGUGUGCGUUUGAAGAUUCAAGAGAAGUUUUCUGUGAAUUGUCCCUGAAGGAGGUCAAGUGCAGUUGUAUUUCUACAAUCCUUGCAGGCUGCGUUCUCACUUUAAAGUUGAAAUAAAGUCAAACACGAUUGUUAAGAUGAAGUUGAUCCUGACUCUUCUUAGCUGUCUGGCAUGUUGGAUAGAGGCAAACAAAUACACUUCAUGUGAACUGCUCCAAAUAUUUAGAGAAACUAAACUGGAUGGAUAUCGUGGUAUUGGUGCUGAAACAUGGAUAUGCAUUGCUAAGCAUCAGAGUGACUACAAAACUAAUGCAUUAAAUGACAACGGAUCAAGUCGCGAUUAUGGCAUAUUUCAAAUUAACAGCAGAUGGUGGUGCGAUGAUAAGAAGACUAAAAACACUGCAAAUGGGUGUAAAAAGUCAUGCAGCAGUUUUCUGAAUGAUGACAUCACUGAUGAUAUUGAAUGUGCUAAAAGAGUGGUCAGGGAUCCUCAAGGCCUGAAUGCUUGGAUCGUCUAUCCAACACAGUGCCAAGGAAAGGAUUUGAGCAACUUUGUAAGUGGAUGCUGAAGCAGAACAGCAAUAUUACAAAACAAUGACUUCGUCUUACGAAGUCAUUGGUUACUCCAUCAAAACAAUGCACCGGCUUGGUUUUGCAAAUGUAAAACUCCAUAAAUGUUUGUUUUACUACAUCUAAAAAAUAAAAGUAGCUUUCCGCAUAA